AUGUUUGAGAACCACGUGCCAAUAGGUGUUGCGGCCAACAAGUUCUGCAGCGGGGUGGUUCCAUUCGGACCAUAUUAUGAACAUGUCUUGAAGUAUUGGAAGGAGAGGCUGGCUAGGCCGGGGAAUGUGUUCUUCAUUACCUAUGAAGAGCUAAAAGACGACCCGAAGCGUCAUGUGAAGUGGCUCACGUCAUUGCCAUUCUUAGGUUGUCCUUUCAACGUUGAUGGUGAAAAUAAGGUUGUCAAAGAGACUGUGAGGGAAUGCAGCUUUGAGUGCAUAAGCAAACAUGAGGUAAACAAAUCCAGCAAUUCACCAACAUGGUUUGAAUUGCCCUACCACCACCACUGGAAAGAUGUUACAGCAAAAUUGUUGUUUCAACUUCAACCCAUUAUUUGGUAG